AUGGACAGGGAGAAGAUCGAGCGUACCAUAAUCGGGUUUGACAAACAGUUGGAGCAAACAGGUGAUAUCUCUGAAACGAACAAGGCUGCACAGGCGGAUGAUCUAUUGGGCGUGCUGACCACCUCGUACGGCGCCACAGACGCAAAAAUAAAGAAUCUUAAAGAGGAGAAGCCUAAAAUUGACAAGGCGAGAAAGUUCAGCUGCAUCACGGCGCGUGAAGCACAGCUGCGCUUUGUCGCGGCUUUGGACCAGGCCCAGACGGCACGCGAGGAGGCGCGGCAGGCGCGCGAGGCGGCCCUCGCGCAGCGCGAGGCGGCGCUCUCUGGCGUCCGCCGCAAGCAGGCGGCGCUGCAGGAGGCGCAGGCCCGCAAUGCGAAGAUCAAGGCCGCCAUCGCCGACGCACAAGAGCGCUGCGAGGCGCUGCGGCGCGAGCGCAACGACGCCCUGCGCGGCUUUGCCGAUGAGUGCGAGGCAGCCGAUGGAGCGCCAGCCUCGACCGAGGCGCAGGCGAGGCCGGUGAUGUCUAGUUUGGAGGGCGGCAUGACGCCAUCACAGCAGCAGCAGGAGCAGCAGGAGCAGCAGGAGCAGCAGGAGCAGCAGGAGCAGCAGGAGCAGCAGGAGCAGCAGGAGCAGCAGGAGCAGCAGGAGCAGCAGGAGCAGCAGGAGCAGGAUCAGGGGCAGCAGCUGGCACCAACCGUUGUCGGCAAUGGCGCCGCUGCUGAGGUCUGA